GCUUGAAAUAAAUAGGCAGUUCUGCGAGACCGGUCGCAUCUAAAAAUGAAAAUUGUAAUAAAGUUAAUUUUGUACAAGAAUUUUGUAUCAAGAAUAAAGAGUUUUUAUUAGAAAAAACAUUAUUGCGAAUCUUACAAUUGGUGGUGGCUUACAGCGAUGUGGGACAAUAAAUACAUAAAAACAGUAAAGUUUAAAGUAUUUUAACUUUGAGACAUAUACUAUAAGAGUAAGUCAAUAAGUUUUUAGAAAAUCUAUCAGAGGGCACUCGCAGUGUCAUGUCACAUUAUUUUUUGACAAGCCUAUCUCUUAGUUGAUUGUCAAAUUUUGAGCGGAAUUCAUCGCGUAGUUUCAUUUCUGUAGACGAUUAAAGCGAACAAUCUUUUUUGCAAAAUGGAAAAAACCGAGUUGCAGUAAUCAAACAUCUACAUAUGAAAGAAAUUAACACCGAAAAAAAUCAAAGCCAAGUUGAAUGUAAUAUAUGAUAAUGUUCAUAGCACAUCUAAACCAGUGUUUGCGACCGUAUGGGUGAAUGAAUUUAAAUGUCGUACAUCCACAUGUGAUGUACCUCGUUUGGGACGUUCAAUUGAGGCUACUAUGCCAGAAAUCAUCAAUAAAAUCCACGAUUUUGACUGAUUGACGAAUGAAAAUAUGCGAACUCGUUGAGGCCACUGACAUAUGGCACAGUGAUUUUAAUUUUGAACAAACAAUUGGGUAUGAAAAAGCUAUCGGCAAAAUGGGUACCGCAUUUGCGCUCACUGUGGACUGUAAGCGCGAUCGUGUGACGAUUUCAAAACAAUGUUUGGAGAUGUUUCAACAUAAUCUAGAUGAAUUUCUGCGUCGACUUAUUACUGUGGACGAAACAUGGAACCAUUAUUUCAUACCCGAGACGAAGGAACAAUCAAAACAAUGGACUUCAUUGGGAACCAGCUCCGAAGAAGGCGAAGAUCGUAAAGUCGGUCGAAAAGAUGAUGGUCAGUUUUUUGGGAUGCACGCGAUAUAAUUCAUAUCGAUUACCUUCCGUCGAAGCAAAUGAUCACUACGCAGCGAUUACUACGCAGCCUUAUUGGAUCGUUUCAACAACAUUUUAAAGAAAAAAUGUCCCCAUUUGGCGAAGAAGAAAGUGCUCUUUCAUCAAGACAAUGCACGGAUUUACACGUAUCCGGCACUGAUGGUCAAAUUCAAUGAAUUCCGCUACGAAUUGCUUCCCCAUCCAACAUAUUCGCCAGAUUUUGCCUUCUGCGACUAUUUUCUGUUUCCAAACUUGAAGAAUUCGGAGGAAACAGAUUCACCAUCAGAGAGCAUCUCAUCGCCGAAACAGAGGCUUAUUUUGAAGAAUUGGACAAAUCAUAUUAUUCGGCUUGAGAAAGUUGAAGAAUCUUUGGAUCAAGCUGAAAAGAGACUAUGUUGAGAAAUAAAAAUGAAUCGAAAAACUAA